ACGUCAUCCCUCUUGACCCGGAAGUUCUCUGCGCUCCAGUGCUGACACGUAGCAACGGGAGAGGCUGCCGUACAGAGCAGAAGGGGGAGCCCGGUACAUACCGGUCUGAGAGCUGAACCGCACUGACGGAGCUAACAGCAGGUCUUUGCCUUUAUUCAGCCGUCUUGUACCUUGUUAUGGCUAUUUACUAAUCUUUAACAGUCCGUAUGUUCGCCCGCGUACAGCUUUAUCGCCAACACAGAGGCCAGAAAGCCCAGUGUAAGCCGGGGUGAUGGAUUGCUGACACACUGCGACAUGGAUUACUUGUACCGUGAACCUGGGCCGGCCUAGGUGGCAGCAGCUACAGGGUCUCUGACCCAGGCAGUGUCUAGGAGACAGCAGCUACAGGGUCUCUGACCCAGGCAGUGUCUAGGAGGCAGCAGCUACAGGGUCCCAGCCCCAGGCAGUGUCUAGGUGGCAGCAGCUACAGGGUCUCUGACCCAGGCAGUGUCUAGGAGGCAACAGCUACAGGGUCUCUGACCCAGGCAGUGUCUAGGAGGCAGCAGCUACAGGGUCCCAGACUCAGGCAGUGUCUAGGAGACAGCAGCUACAGGGUCUCUGACCCGGGCAGUGUCUAGGAGGCAGCAGCUACAGGGUCCCAGACCCGGGCAGUGUCUAGGAGGCAGCAGGCAGCUACAGGGUCUCUGACCCGGGCAGUGUCUAGGAGGCAGCAGCUACAGGGUCCCAGACCCGGGCAGUGUCUAGGAGGCAGCAGCUACAGGGUCCCAGACUCAGGCAGUGGCAGUGUCUAGGAGGCAGCAGCUACAGGGUCUCUGACCCAGGCAGUGUCUAGGAGGCAGCAGCUACAGGGUCCCAGACCCGGGCAGUGUCUAGGAGACAGCAGCUACAGGGUCUCUGACCCAGGCAGUGUCUAGGAGGCAGCAGCUACAUGGUCUCUGACCCAGGCAGUGUCUAGGAGGCAGCAGCUACAGGGUCUCUGACCCAGGCAGUGUCUAGGAGGCAGCAGCUACAGGGUCUCUGACCCAGGCAGUGUCUAGGAGGCAGCAGCUACAGGGUCCCAGACUCAGGCAGUGUCUAGGAGGCAGCAGGCAGCUACAGGGUCCCAGACCCGGGCAGUGUCUAGGAGGCAGCAGCUACAGGGUCCCAGACUCAGGCAGUGUCUAGGAGACAGCAGCUACAGGGUCCCAGACCCAGGCAGUGUCUAGGUGGCAGCUGCUACCCAGUCAGUGUUGGUUUAGGGUGGCAGGAGCCCAAGGUAGACACCCAGAUGUAGUGGAACUACGUAUCUCCCCACUGUGUUCCUCUUUUCUAUCCUAAUGUCUCACUGUUCCAGGAGUUGCAAAUUGUGUAACAGAGCUCCACAACAACAAAACUCGCAGUAAUGUGUGUUUAGAAACCAGUCUGUGUAUAUAAGUUUUUUUUUUGUUUUUUUUUCUAAAUAAUAACUUGUUUCAAUAAAUUUCAGUAAGCCAUCUAAAAUUUAUCGGAACAGCCCUGGUCACACCCUUGCAAUUUAAGUGUCCCUCUUUGCUGCGUGACUCUUUUUCCACGCAUGUGCAAUAGAAUAUGGAUUGGCUGAGAAUGUCAAUUUUUCUGAACUCAGCGACGAUGGGUCCGCGCAGCAUCCAACAGCGCUGUACUCCUUACAAAAAGCAUGUCAAACUCGCGGGCAGCAUGUAGCCUACAACGGGCAUCUUUGAGGCCCGGCGAGCCGUGAGUACAUGCUUGGUGUUAAAGCAGAGUAGGCACCUGCUCUCCUCACAUUGCAGGUGCCUACUCUGCUAAAAUUUACUUGGCCAGGAGGAGAAGUCUCUGGAGGAGCUCAGUCUUCCUGCUUCCUCACGAGCGCCGUCUGUAGCGAUGCCGGGUGCUGGAAUAUGACAUCAUAUUCCGGCAUCCCUAAAGUGCGUGAGGAAGCAGUGAGCAGCAGGAAGGAGAUCUCAAGAUAGAAGAUCCCCACUGGACAUUCUUGUGUGCAAGAAUGUGUGUGUCAGUGAGUGGAGGACCUGGAGGUGCACGGAGGCCUGCAACGCCACCUUACUUUCAAAUGUGAUGUCUUCAUGCUCUACCUUCACAGGGUUUCAAGAAGUAGUGGGUUGAUCCGCUUUGGCACAGGGUACAGACAGCGCCAUUUGGGGUAUACCAGAGGCCAGACUCCAGAGUUGCAUACUGGCAGCGGCAAUGUGAGUGGAGUCUGCUUGUUGGCUUGAGGGGGGGGGUGCUGGGAUUUAGUAGAGGGGGUGCUGGGAUUUAGUUGAGGGGGACUGGGAUUUAGUAGCUGGGGGUUUUUUUUGUACUGUACUUUUCAAAAUAAACCUACGUUUCUAUGAAAAUUUGAGUUUUGUUUCUUUUUUGCGGUCCACAUAAACUUAAACCUUGUUUAUUUGGCCCGUGCUAGAUUUUGAGUUUGACAUGCUUGCCUUACAAUAAUAUCUAUGGAGGAUUCUGUAAGACACUAGUGACAGCUGAGGGUUUGACAAAAGGCAGCUCCGGCUAUUGUCAAGUGUAAGGAAAAUACACAAGACAAAGUAGUCCCUACUUUGUAUUUUGAUAACAUUUGACUGGGUUAGAAUUUCUGUGAAAUUCCAACACAGUCUUUAAGAGCAUUUCAUUUUUUCUUUAUGAAACAUUCAUUUUUGGGCAGUGACUUUAAGGUUGGCAAAGCAUUAUUGAAAGAGUUGUUUUACAGGAUCUACCUUUUGGUCAACUCUUGUUCAGAGGCUCACUAAUGUUCAUCAGUGUGUUUGUAAAAUAUUAUUUUCAUUCAUAUCUUCUUGGGGCUAUAACAUAAACAUAACAAAAAAAAUAAAUAGUGCAACAUGUAGUGCACAGAAAGUGGAAUCCCUUGUAAGUAAAUGUAAGACUACUCGCAUUUAUUUGAGCCUAUAUUACUAUCUCAAGUAUAAGAGGCAUUAUCAAACAGAUGCUACUUAUUUCUUGGGACCAAAGCUCUCCAAAACCCUCCAAGAGUUGGGAGAUACACAGGAUCAUUGAACUACUUAAGGACGGAGUCAAUUGUGCAUGUUCUGAACAAAACGUAAACAAACCUGAGAUUUUCGCUAUAUGUCUGUUCAACUGUAAUUCAACUCUUUCAUAUUAAGUGCACCUAAAAUUAUUAAAUAUAAUUUGUUCAUGAGGAACAAGGCUUUUCUUUUACCACAAAAGGGAUAUAUAAAGAAGGGGGUUCGACUCCGAAAGAUAUCAGCCUUCUCGAGAUACCCCUGAGGGGAGACACUCAUUUUACUAAAUGUCUUGUACGUUUUCUACCUCCUGAAGUCUCUGUCGAUAACAUUAUGUAUUUCACCAUAUUCAGACUUUUUUUAUUUCUACAUUCCACAUUGUUUUUAAUCCACCCUGAUUUCCAGGUUGUAUAUACUUUUAUAUAGAAACAUAGAAACAUAUAAUGUGACGGCAGAUAAGAACCAUUCGGCCCAUCUAGUCUGCCCAAUUUUCUAAAAACUUUAAUUAGUCCCUAGCCUUAUCUUAUAGUUAGGAUAGCCUUAUGCCUAUCCCAUGCAUGCUUAAACUCCUUUACUGUGUUAACCUCUACCACUUCAGCUGGAAGGCUAUUCCAUGCAUCCACUACCCUCUCAGUAAAGUAAUACUUCCUGAUAUUAUUUUUAAACCUUUGUCCCUCUAAUUUAAGACUAUGUCCUCUUGUUGUGGUAGUUUUUCUUCUUUUAAAUAUAGUCUCCUCCUUUACUGUGUUGAUUCCCUUUAUAUAUUUAAAUGUUUCUAUCAUAUCCCCCCUGUCUCGUCUUUCCUCCAAGCUAUACAUGUUAAGAUCCUUUAACCUUUCCUGGUAAGUUUUAUCCCGCAAUCCAUGAACCAGUUUAGUAGCCCUUCUCUGAACCCUCUCUAAGGUAUCAAUAUCCUUCUGAAGAUACGGUCUCCAGUACUGUGUACAAUACUCCAAGUGAGGUCUCACCAGUGUUCUGUACAAUGGCAUGAGCACUUCCCUCUUUCUACUGCUAAUACCUCUCCCUAUACAACCAAGCAUUCUGCUAGCAUUUCCUGCUGCUCUAUUACAUUGUCUGCCUACCUUUUAAGUCAUCAGAAAUAAUCACCCCUAAAUCCCUUUCCUCAUAUGUUGAGGUUAGAACUCUAUCAAAUAUUCUGUACUCUGCCCUUGGGUUUUUACGUCCAAGAUGCAUUAGUUUAGUGGUGGACAUCACUUCCGGUCCAAACAAAGAACUCCUGCAGGGCAAAGGAGAAGACAUAGGUGGCACAGGGGGAUUGGGGCAUGCAUGCUGGUAUCACAUACCAAAUAUGCACAGGAUUCACAACAUUAUGGCCCAAUGAUGUGACUGGAGGUGGAGUUACACAUUCAGCAGCAAAGGGAUUUCACUUUGAGUGUGCAGAGUUGCAUAGCCAAACGCCGCACAUACAGACUCCAGGUAUCAUGAUCAUGGCAAAUCGGUGAUCAUGAUGCGAAGUCAGGAAAUUUGAAGUAAUUCAUUAAUAUCUUAGUGGCUGGAUUUUAAUACUCUUCUUUCUGCCAUAGGGAAUCAAAUACUUUAAAUAUAUAUAUAUAUAUAUAUAUAUAUAUAUAUAUAUAUAUAUAUAUAUAUAUAUAUAUAUAUAUAUAUAUAUAUAUAUAUAUAUAUAUAUAUGUGUGUGUGUGUAUAUAUAUUUAUUUUCUCAGACAAGAUAUAUCUAUAUAUUAAAUGUUGUUUUUUUGUGACUUACAGACCUGCUGACAUGGCCAACUAUGAUAACCUCAAUGCAGACUUCUUCCAGACAAGCUACAGCAUUGACGAUCCGGCUCAGGCAUACAAUUACAAUGCAGGCGGAGGGCAGUACAACAAGUAAUUGUUUUUGUUUUGCCUAUUUUAACAUACACCUGUUAAAACAAAUUAGGUUAGACAACUCCCAUACAGAGUCUACAGUUUAGUUUUUAUCAGUGCAGUUUUCUGUUUAGUGAAUAAAACCAUUUACAUAUUUCUCAUGUUUAGCAAAAUAUGGGAUUCAGUCCUCUCAUAUAAAUUAUAGAAGAAUUGUUUCAUGCAGAUGUACAUUUCAUCAAAUGUUUUGGUCAACUUAGCAGAAAAUUGGAUACAUACUUUUGCACUCUUAGAGAGGUAGUAGAAACCUGGUUAGCUAGUGUGCAAACUAAAAGUUAAUUGUUAUUAAAAUCAUAGCUUUAUGACUCUGUGAUCGCCUUCAUGUUGGACAUAUAUAUACAUUUUACAGGGACCAAGUGAAGGAGUGUGUGUGUGUGUAUGUAUGUGUGUGUGUGUAUAUAUAUAUAUAUAUUUUUUUUUAAAUAUGGAUAACAGUUCAUUUCUAAGUGCAUGCAUUAUUUAUAUAGGUUAUGAUAUAAAAUAAGUUUAAGAAUAUACUGUGGGAGGAGUUCUUUGAAGUGUGGCAGGCAUAGGCAACUUCAGAGAGAGAAGAUAAUCAUGGCAAAUGGUUAAGCUUUCAUACAGCUAAAACAUUAUUGGGUUGGAGUAUUGAAAUUCCCUAGUACAUAUAAUGGAACAUAUUUAGAAUUAAAUAUAUACAGGAUAAAAUGGCUUCAACUUUUAGUCCAGUCAGCUAUUUUUCCAGCUUGGAUAAUUUGCAUUACAGCAGGAGUCUUCCUGUGCAGAACAUGGGUGAUCUGGAAGCUCUACAAAUUUACGGAGAUGCUCAUUAAUUCAUCAAACUACCAAUUUAUCUACCAGUGUUAGAGAUCAAAAUAUAAUUAUUGUCCCAGCUUCAUAGUGAGCAUGUGUAACGUCAGUUAGGGGUAUGGUUGUGCACUGGUAUGCACAAAUUGACUUUUUAACAAUAUAGAUGCACGUUUGGGACUCUUAUAAUGAUUUUUGCAAUGUAUGCCCUAAAUAUCCAUGUUUUUUUUUUUUCUCUCAAACAGACAAUAUGGUUAUGAUUACAGCCAACAAGGCGGUUACAUUCCUCCUGAUAUGUUGAACCCACAGCAGCCAUACACAGGACAGAUAUACCAGCCAAGUCCAGCCUUUACUCCUACAGUAACAGAAUCAGUUUACGGAAGUUCAUUUGAUGAUGAACCACCUUUACUAGAAGGUAAUGUUAGAAUUUCUUACUUACUGAUAUUAAAUUAAUUUUUCCUUGAUAUAGACAGCAUAGGAGGACAGUUCUGGUUUAUCUUUAAUGUGUCACAUAUGAAUGUAGUUUACUGUGUGUAUAUUUUCACAUAUUGUACAGCGCUACGGAAUCUGAUGGCACUAUAUAAAUAAUAAUAUGGCCUUAUCCAGUCAAAAGCAUCACUGGUUUAUUCAUCUUAAAAUACCACUUCACACCCAUAAAGCACUAUAGCAAGCUGAAGUGCUUUAUGGAUGUGGAGUGGUAUUUUAAGAUUGAGGGCAGGCACAUGGUUAGAGUUAAUGUAAAUAUACAGUUAGGGGUAUGGUUAGUAUAGAGGUGAGACAGUUGUAUAAGGUUAGCGUAAACUACCAAAAAUUAAUCUAGAUCCUAGGUAACUUUAUGAAUAUGUGAAUCUAAUUUGAGCUCUUUUUCUUUAGUUGCACUGGAUGUGUAAAAAUUCUCACAUUUUGUAACAUUUUAUUCAGAAUUAAUAUUGUUAGGUAUACAUAUAGGAUAUUCUAAGAAAGGCCUUUCUUUCCUUUAAAAUAAUGUCUGUGGAACAAACACACAACACAAAGAUUUUGUUUUGUUUUGGAACUUGGACAAUUGCCUCCAUCCCUCCGCUAAAGGAUUGUUUUAUUAAAACACUUUUUGGGGGAAAAAAAUAUUUGCCCCUCUUUCCAAAAAACCCCAACAACCUUGCUUAUCAAAUGUGUGCACACUUUAGGUGUUUUUAAAUUUGCAAUUUUGCACUAUAUUUUGUUUGGGUUUAUUUUCUCUUUUUUUGAAAACUCUGAGGAGACCUCUUAGAGUGACAGGAACAGGAAUUGAGUGGUACUAUGGUAUAUGAAGUUUUCUGUAAGAAAAGCAGUCCACUUACUAUGUUUUAUAUUUCUAAAGUUGUGUUGGUACGGCGUAUCCCUUUAUUUAACUUUGUUAUAUAAAUUUGUGCCAUAUAAUUUGUAAGCAGAAUGUACGUAGCUAAUGUUUGUGAUAAGAUUCUUUGUUUUUAAGGGUUUUCAUUACAUCAUGAUAGCGGAGUUUAUUCCUACUAACUUAACAGGAGCUGUCGAAACAAACUGAUGUUUUUCCUAUAUGCAAUUUCAAUGUAUGUUUGUAUGUGACAACUAUAUUACAAUUUCUCUUUGUCAAUGUUUAAGAUCAAGAUAUUCUUCAUUUAUAUAUCUUCUUUUUAUCUGUCUUUAUGUCUCAGAACUGGGAAUCAAUUUUGACCACAUUUGGCAGAAAACAUUGACAGUGCUACACCCACUGAAGGUAGCAGAUGGCAGUAUUAUGAAUGAGACUGAUUUGACUGGACCAAUGGUCUUUUGUCUUGCUUUUGGAGCCACAUUGCUGUUGGUUUGUAUAUUUUUUUUUUUUUUAUUUAUUUUUUUUCUUGCCCUAAACAUAAAUGUUAUGUAUACCCAAGAGUUGGAGAGUAGUUUAUUGUUGCUGUAGCUUUAACACUAGGGUACCAUAUUUGAUAUUUAUAUGCCAGUUUUGAUCAACUAUUUGUUGACUGUAAAGCUAAAUAAAGUGUUUCUAAACCGUUCUUAUAUAGCACUUUUAUCCAGAGCGCUUUCCAAUUUGUACAAAAAGAACAUUGGUAAUUAUGCAAACAGGGAUAUAUAAUUAGAGACACUGAUGCAAAAUAAAUUAGCUGAUGUCGUUAAUAAGACAUCUUGUGCAAGUGCUUGAAGUGGUUUUAUUUUAAUACUAAGUUUUGAUUUUCUGCAAUAACUUUAGCUCUAUGAGGCACUUUAGACUUAAAGAGAGCUCAGAGUCUCUCUUUAAGUCUAUUGUAUUUGAGCCUUUCUCCAAAGCCAUACCCCCUCACUCCAUAAAGAAUUCAUUUUCAGGUAUGCACACAGCUCACCCACUAACAAGUAAGUGAAGGCUUAUUCCGCAAAAUGUUUUGUUUUGUUUAAACCCCCAAAUUUAUAUAUAUAUAUAUAUAUAUAUAUAUAUAUAUAUAUAUAUAUAUAUAUAUAUAUAUAUAUAUAUAUAUAUAUAUAUAUAUAUAUAUAUAUGAGAGAGAGAUAUAAAAUUUGAGCAUGGUAAAAAAAAAAAUAUUACUAAUGAGCACAAAACAACUCAAAUGCAUUAAAGUUAUAUUGGUGCCCACAGUGUCCCUGUUAAAGUUUCUUCAAUUAACAUAUUUACUGCUUUCUGUGACAGGCAGGAAAGAUCCAGUUUGGCUAUGUGUAUGGGAUCAGUGCAAUCGGCUGUUUUGGAAUGUUUUGUCUUCUCAAUUUGAUGAGCAUGACUGGAGUUUCAUUUGGCUGUGUAUCCAGUGUCUUGGGCUACUGUCUUCUCCCUAUGAUUAUCCUGUCCGGCUUUGCUAUUGUAUUUUCAUUGCAGUAAGUCGCUAAAUAAUUUCAAAUAAUAUAAAAAAAAGUUUGUUUUGUUUUUGUUUUUUUUCACCCCUCCCUGUGAUGUUUUGUGAUGAAUAUCCUUAUAACUCCACAGUAAGAUGUAGCUUGAAACCCCAUUUUAUGAUUUGAGUCACACGGCAAAAACAAUGCUAUAUGAUGUGUGUUUGUGCACUAUGGCAACUUUAUUAGAUUACACCUUCCUGAUGAAAAUGAAUAAAUAGAAAAUCUGGUCGCUACAACACAAUAUAUGAAACAUACUGACACGGCCAAAAGGUGUAGUUUUUGACCAAACACUAAAGGGGUACUCCAACCAAAAGAGUAUCCCUUUCUGUGUUCUCUCCUCAGCUCGAUCCUCCUUGGCUGAUAUCACAAACCCUUGCCGGAAAGGUGAGGGAAGUCAGGGAGGAUGGACUGAGUGGCGUACAGGUGCAUCACAGAGUGGGGCUGUGCCACCCUUUGCUCUCUGGUUCCGGCAUGCUGGUGUUCGAUACUAAUUUUGAACAGGUUUGUCCGGAAAAUUUGAUUCUGGCUAGCUAAUCACUCUUGUUGACAUGUUCAGAGUUUUAGUUACACCACCGGCAGCAAAGAGGUUAAUCUCCGUAUGUGCAGCAUUUUCAGUAAGAAAUGAUCAAAUCAUUGAAGUGAUCAUGUUGCUUGAAAUAACCCUCUAAAAUGGGGAAGUCACAUAAUCUGAGGGACUCUGAGGUAUGGUUUCAAGCAAAAAUGCAAAUAUAACUUUUUUCAAAAAAAUUAAAAAUUUGGAUGUAUGUGUGCUAAUUCCAAUGUGCAAUGUGUACAACCUGUGCUCCAACAAGACCAAACUAGAUUCCACUCCUGGAGAAAAACAAAAAAAUCAGAGUAGAGAAGGAUGAGUUAAUACUAAAAAUGGGCAAAUAAAAAUGAUUAGUGUUUUGCAUAUGUCCUACACCAUACAGAUGUUCAGUUCAGAAUGUAGGCAUUCAGCGCUCCACCUCUUCCAGUGUAAACCGUGCUGGGUGGGGGCUAAUGCUCGUUGAGCCACGUUUGUAUUAGGCCCUCACCAUAGGAAAGCAUUGCUUCAAUGAUUUCCUAUAGAGAUUUCACAGUGUGUGAAGACGUCCACUGUCAGGGGACCAAAAGUCGGUUAGCCACCAAGAAGUAGCUAUUUAGGGCUAGUAGCAGUCUAACAGCCACUAGAGGCAGUCUUAAUCCUGCAAUGUAAUUAUUACAGUUUCUCUAAAAACUGUUACUAUAGCUGUAUAAAUGGAGUGAUUUAACUCCUGAAUGGCAGAGAAUUGAGCAUUGAGACUGCAGGGGCAUGAUCUGCACACCAAAGCUAAUUAAGCUAAAUCUGAUUAAUCUUGAGGACUACUGAACUUGACAGUGGCUUAAUUUUACUAAAAUGACAUUCACAGCCACAUUUGGAAUGGGAGGUGGUAUAGGAAAUAUUUAGCAUUAAUGUGUCACAAAAAGGUUGCAGGAGCGCUGCGAUGCUAUUAAGCACGCAUGGACUAGAUAUCCAGAGUAAUGUUUCUAUUUACUUAUGGAAUUUGUGUGAAUAAAUCAGCCUGUUCCGGGAGCAAAUUAAGGUGUUAAUCACUGUAAGUCAGAUGUACCUAUGCCUUACAAAGUCACCAAUGAAUGUACAAUUUUCAUUUAUUUUAUUUGUAAAUUAUUUAAUUUUCCAUGCAAAUUAGAUUCUUCUAAUUUUUGUAAAAAAAAUUUUUUAACAAAUACAAAAAAAGAAGUUUGCAAAAACCCUAUAAACAUUUUAAUUUAUGUGCUUAUUUUUAUUCUGAUUACUGCUCUGUCACCUGCUGGUGGUGUCAUUUUAAGGUCAAUCUUAUUUUGUCUACUUUAUCAUUUGUCUUCUUAUCUGUAAAACUUUGACAAUCUGUUUUAAUCAAAACCGUAUCUCUCAUUAACAUACAGAAAAAAACAAAGUAACUGAAAAUUACAAUCUAUAUGAAUAGCACACAAAACAAAAUUAUCUCCAUUAUUGGCCAAUAUUGUUACUUUACAAGAUGUCCUUGUAAAUAUUUAUUUUGCAUUUUCCCUGUAUAUUCAAUUAAACUCACACUGUUUUUUUUCCUUUUAAUUUCAGAGGAAUUGCGGGUAUACUUCUAGCAUCUCUAAUAAUUGGGUGGUGCAGCUUUUCUGCCUCAAAGAUAUUCAUUUCUGCUUUGGCCAUGGAGGGACAGCAGCUCCUCGUCGCCUAUCCUUGUGCUUUACUUUAUGGAGUGUUUGCCCUUAUUUCUGUUUUUUGAACUGAAUAUUUCAAAAUGACUUUAAAGGGCCAAACUGCAAUCAGUCAUACCAGAAUGGACCAGUGAGUUGUCGCAAACAUACACUGUUUUGUGUACUUCAAGGGGGAUCAAUGGAUGAACAUGUACAGCUUUUGUUCAUAUUUUAUAGUGAACUUUUAAAUACUGGAGGGACUCAAAAAGUCUUUAGCUUUAAUAAAAGCUCAUGUUUAUAAGUUAAAAAGGUGACUUUUUAUGGUUAAAAGUUACAAGCAUGCUGUUACAUUUCACUACAGGGUGGUUCUAUAGUGAGAAUAGCAGCAAUGUUGUCACGAAGUCUCAUACAUUCUACUUUUUAUAGUUAACUAAGGCAAAGUGGAUGCCACAUUGCAUUUGAUCACUAAAACCGUAAAAGGGGUUUACAUGCCAAACGGUGAAUUGUGGGAGUUGACAUUUUUUUUUUUCUUCAACUGUCUAAAUUUUGCACCACUUUAAAUGUUUAGUUAAUAAACCACAAUGUUUUCAGAUCACUCUUACAAAAAAGUUCUAGCACAAAUAUUUUCACAAAUUUUUUUUUUUUGGUAGUAGUAAUUUUAAUUAUUCCAGAAUUCAAACUGUUAAAGAGAACCUGAUUUACACAAAAGUAUGGAUGACAAGUUCUCCUUUAGAUAGAUAUAUAAACUGCAAUCUAUACGUUGUGCAAGUUAAAUCACCUGACUGCUUGUCUUCAGUUGACGUCUUCAGUUGACGUCUUCAGAAUGCUUAGCUGAAAAAACUUCAUUGUGAGAUAUCACAAGUAAGAUGUGGGAGUAAAUUACUGAAAUAAUGUAUUUUUGGAAUCCCUGGUGUCCAUAUUUGUAUUUUGUUUACACUUAUGUGCCAAUAGUAGGAAAGUAAAGGCUAAAUUAUAGAAAUAACAUAUUUUUUCAUAUCAUUAUAGUUAAAACAAGGUUUGCCCAAGUUCCAAAAAUAUAUAUAUAUAGAGAGAGAGAUGUUUAGAGUGGGGAAAAAAAAGAAAGGAGGAGCUUUUGAAAAAACAAACAAAAUUGAGUAAACCGUUCAAUAUGAAAUCUUGCACUAGUUCACCUAUACCUGUAAUAGAGCAUAUUAGCUAAAGGAACACAGGAGAUCACAAGCUACAAGGAUAUAAAGAAAAUCCAGUCAAUAUAAUCAGUGGUGAGUAUAUUGUUUUGUCAAAAUGUGUGGAAGAAGCUAUGGUCUCAAAAAGUCUAAUCUCCUCUACCACAUUAUUACAUUAUUUUCAGUAGUGGAGAGUGUCUUUAAUUCGUGUCAGUGGUAUAAGUGCCUUAGCUGCAUGUAGCAGUCUUAGAGCUAUGUUCUUUAAAAACUUUAAGACGGCAAGAAGCGUGAUGAAAGUUGUCUGAUAUUUUACAGUUAACGUUGAUAGUAAUUACAAAAAUACUACAACUCCAUCAAAUAUGUAAAACUACUAAAGUGCUGCUUCCUCAAUGUUUGUUUCAUGGAAAAAUAAGAGUAGGGAGAUAAUAUUGGGGAAAAAAAAAACUCAUAAUGCAAAUAAAUCUGAUGCAACUAAACCAUGCUCUAGUGAAAAUCCAAAUCCAGAUGGUUGUAACAUGAAGAAUAUAUUACACUCUUCUCCAAAGUAAUGAACAGGAAUUACUCUUGUAAUUGCUUAUUUAUUGCGGGAAAAGAUAACAUAUAUACACUAGGCCGUAAACAAAAUAACGUUCAAGGGAAAUGAAUCCAAAUGCAGGGAACAAGCAAGAAAGUACGCGUUUCACAACUAAACAUGCAACGCUUCUUCAGUUUGUGAGCUGCUGCAAAUGUGGAAAACAUUUUAAAAAUGCAAUGGCACACAGAAGGUUUAAUUUUGCUCAAUUCCGCAGACCGGCCAUCACUGAAAUGCAGUUUUUAAUCGCAUAACUUUAGUAAAAGAGGUUAACGGCAUAAUCACAGAUGUUGAAAAUAUCCUAAUGAGAAUAAUCUCCAAGGAGGUACAAUCAAUUAUAACUAGGGCAUAAUGUACAUGUUAAGCAAGUAUUAUAGUUAUCAUAGAAAUUGAUGACAUGACUUUAUAUUACCAUAGACUAAAUUCAAUGCUCCACGCAAGGCAUUAAUCAAAAAAUCCUAUAGUGAUAGAACUCUGUAUACAGGUAGGGACACAAACUAGUUCAAUAUUGAGUUAUGUAGACUCUGGUGGCAAUUGCAGAUUAAUUAAGUGCAGUUCAAUGAACCAACCAGUACUUUACAAUGCUUAUCUCUAUAGUAAAAAUCUGUGCAUCAUCAGUUAAGCCAUGCUGUGGUCUAAAAACAUGACCUCCAUGCCAGAAGAAGCCAUGAGCACUCUUGUAUCAAAGCUACAUUAUGAAAACCAUGUCUACAAAGAUGUAAAUUGUAGGCGAUAUGCCCCUCCCCAAGAGAAUCACCUAGUAGGCAACAUCAGGUUUAAGAUAAACAGGCUUUGAGGAUCCAAGCCAAUCCAAUGCUGCAUAAGGGAAGCAAUGACAGUCUAGUGUUCAGGUGUGACAUGACUCUUGGAGAGUCAUUUGAGUAUGUAAAGUUUACCUUGGUUAUAGCUGCAGAAGCACCUUUAGUGGCUGUGUUCCUGACAGACGCUAGAGGUGUGUUAACCAUGCUGUUUUGCAAUUUCCAUAGCAUGGUUAUCAGUUGCAGUGAUAAAAAGGCAGGGGUAAGGCACCCAAUGAAGUGGUCUGGAUGCUUUAUAGAGUCACUUUAAGACUCCUUUGCAGGAGCUUCCGGGUUCCAGAGAAGAAGGUGACUUGUGCACCCAUUAUUAAAAUGAUUACUUGGAUUGGGAGGUCGAUGUGCACUCCUGUCAUCAUAACUACUGCAGUGGGCUGUAGAGGUAUUGGUGCUUGGAAUGCUUUUUUUAAUAGGCAAAAAUACAGUCUGUACAUGUAUGUCUUGGCUAAACCACUAUCAAAAUUCAUACAAUUGAAGGUUCUACAUUAUGUUUUUGGCAUUAAGGGUUAAAAUGUACUGCCAGUGAGAUGUACACAUAGUAUAGCAGUACUGAGCCACAAGUAUUGUAGACUGUAUACAGGACAGGUACACAGAACACGCUUACCAGAUCCAGGAACUUACAUCUGGUAUGUAUAUAAUGUAGAAGGUACAUAUUUGUAGGUGAUUUUACUAGAUUCAUAGAUACAAUAUUGGUGAUCAAUUGAUGCAAAGCCAUGCAUGUUCGUAAUGGAAUAUAUAUUUUAGUUGUGUGAGUUGUUUUUUUCUUAUUUAGUAUUGUAUUAAUCUGGUAUUAUAGAAAUUGAAAAUUGGUGUAUUGUUUAAUUUUUCUUUAAUUGUUUGGCAUUACCCAGAGCACUUCAAAGAAUCUGAAUGAAACUCUUACAAAACCUUACCUUAGUGCACCUUUGGUAAAUCUUGCAAAUUCCGAAAACACACUUGUAGAUUUUUUUUUUUUUUUCUUUUUCAACUCAGGAGCCAUGCACCUGCCCACGGGUACAAAGUUCCUAUUAAUGAGGAACAUUAUCUGCUAAUGGAGCACAAUGUCCUGUGUUCAUGCAAGUAUAUUAGAAUGAUUACCUACUCAAAUGAGAACUCAUUACAUGCAGAACUGUUCCCUUAAUACAUUUACAAACUUGAAUCUAUUUCUUUUGCACAUUUGGUUCAAACAGAAAAAAAUAAAUAUUGUUUUUGAGAUCCUGAAUAAUUAGGUCUAUUUUGGAUAUCUAAAUUUGAAUUAUUCAUAUUUAAAACUAAA